AUGGAGUCACCGGAGCAGAAGGAACUGCGUAGGGUCGCUUUCUUCGCCAUCGUCGUCAGUACAGUGGCAGUGAUUGCCGCCGUUGUCACUUUGCCCAUGCUCUACAGUUAUGUUGCAAAUUUCCAGUCUCAUCUCAUCAUGGAGACAGAUUUCUGCAAGACUCGAGCGAGGGAUAUGUGGGCGGAGAUACACCACAUCGAUGGACCUGAAUUCACUCGCACCAAGCGACAGUACGGUGCCUCUCCAAAUCCUCCUCUCGCGAAUCCAGGUGGUGGCUAUGGGCCUGUGGUCAAUGCAGAGCCGGCUCCAACUUGCUGUCCCUGCCAGCAAGGACCUGUCGGGCCACCAGGACCACCUGGAGACGAUGGCGAAGACGGAGAAGAUGGAGCUCGCGGUAAUGAUGGUGUCAGUGGAAAGGAUGGAAGUAUGCUCGAGUCAGCUAUCAGCAAUGAACCCUGUAUCAUUUGUCCACCUGGCCCACCGGGGCCUCAAGGUAUGGCAGGUAGUAAGGGACCACAAGGACCAAAGGGGGCCCCUGGAGAAAACGGAGAAGAUGGUAAGCCAGGGCUUGCCGGCAUGCAAGGCCCGAUGGGUAUGAUGGGAAUGCCAGGAAGACAAGGCGUAGCAGGACCCAAAGGAGCACCCGGCAGAAUCGUACAGGUUAACGGCCCAGCCGGUCCAGCAGGCCACAAAGGACCGCGGGGCCCACCAGGGCCUCGAGGUGAAGCUGGACUCGAUGGAGGGAACAUGGAAGGACCGCCUGGUCCCCCUGGACCUGCAGGACGUCCGGGACCACCAGGACAGCCUGGACCGCAAGGAGUGCAGGGAGUGCAAGGAGCAGCUGGAGAGCCAGGAAGUUGCGAGCAUUGUCCAAUCCCACGUACACCACCUGGAUAUUAA